AUGACUGUCCCAGGCGCUCUGCCUCUCGGCUCCUUUUCCGACAUUGCCCAGCUGUCGCAAUUUUGGCAUGAUCCAAAAGAUCCCAAAGUCCUCAGAUUUGGCCUCGUCGAUUUGAUGAGCACGACAGACUCUCCGCCGGCCAAAGUGGUCAAAACAAAAAGUGGGCAAAUGAUGGACGAAGCUCGAACGAUCACCCAGCUCAAUACCGAUGUCAUGAAAGCCGCGUUGCUCCUCGCAUACAAGGCCAUGGGUGACUCAGAAGUCACCACUGCGUAUACUACGGUCCAAUUUUUCAGGCCGCCAACGCCAUCCCUCAUCGAUCGAAUUAGAUCUUCGCUCAACACCCUCGGGCUUACCGAAGCGGCUGCCAGCAGGAUUGUCGACGGCGCGCAAACUCUGCGACUAUACCAGCGUUUGAGAGACGAGCGAUACCAAACCGUCGAGAAGCUUCAGAAGGCGCUGGAGCGUGUGACAGAGGAGGUCGCGGAGAUGUUCAAGUCCUACGAAUCACCCAAGGCCUGGGAAAUUCCUCACCUGACGCUCAAUGACUCGAAAGUAUUGGUCGUGGAGGAGGAGGUGAUGGCUCGCGAGCGUGAGCAGGCAGAGAAGGCGGUUGACGACCUCAGAACCGUUGCUGAUCUGGUUCAGGAGUUGACGAAGAUCAAUCGGAUCAGAAGAGUCCAUUCACAGACGGACAAGACAGACGGACAGCUCAAGGCCUCUAUGUCAUGCGAAACUCAGCUUGGGCAGUGGAGUGAGGGAGUCGCAGGAUCACCAGAGUGGCUCUCUGAUUUUGGAACGGAUUUCUCAAACGAGCUGGAUAAUUACUAG